AUGUCUUCAUCAUUCAGUUUCCCUCAUCCGACGACUGAGACCGACGAUCUUGAGGAUCUCCACAAGGUGUAUGGAGUCGACCGCACCGUCAUCCUUGACUUGGCUUCUGCGUCUGAGACUCCCGAGACCAUUCGAGGAGGAUAUUGCAGAGCUUAUCUCCCUUUCUUCCAAUCUUGCGGUCUUACCUUCCCGAUUCUGGAGCCUAUCCUCGAGAUCUUGGCAGAGCUUGGUUUAUCGUUUAAUCAAAUCUGCCCGAACUUCCUUAGGCAUCUCGUAGCGUUCUUGGUUAGAGCUAUGGAGGAAGGUCUUUCCUUCGGUCUUGUUCAUUCCGGAAGUUCUUCGAUGUUGGACGAGAUUCGGGGUUUGAUCGGAGGGAGUCCUCCGGAGAGGAGGAACAAACAGGGCCCCACCGGUUAUUGGCAACUCUCAGGAAGUCAUUGCGACUCCUUCCAUCCAAGCUCAGUCUUCAGACCGAUUGAUCAGGCAGCUUGUGAGGAGAUCGUUGUUUCGUACUUCCGGGUCGACGUCGAGGAGCAGAAUUCUGAUAGACCUCCCUUGAUCUCGAUUCGGGAUUCCGAUGAUGAAGAUGCUCCUGAGGAGCGACGAUCUCCUGUCUCGUUGAGCCCUGGCUCAGAAGACAAAACCAUUGCCGUGACCCGUAAGCGACGUCAAUCGUCGAAGGCCGCCUUGCCUGGUCCGUCCCGUUGUAGGCGAGAAUCAACCGUCCCGGGGCCUGUUUCUGAAGGUGAUGGUCCUUUUUUUGUGGCUCAGGACGACCUGAUCUCUCUCACCGGUCGCAUGAGGUCUGUGGGUUGCCGUCUUCCGUCCCUUACUUCUCUGACCGAGAAGGAGGCUUACGCCAAAGUGGCGGUCGUGAGCUCUAAGGUUAUGGAAGCCUUUAACGAGUAUGUUGUAGCGAUGGAGGAUUGCGUUGAGGUUUCUCAGAAUGACAAGGAGAUCAAGAUCAUCGGUUCUGAGAUCAAGAGGCUUUCGGUGGAGCUUGAAAGGAGGACUCGCCAGGAGGGCACGACUCUUGCGGCCCAGGCCGUUGCUCAGAAGGCCAAAAUCGUAGCACUUGAAGUCGAGAGGGAUCGAGAUAUUCGUCGUGCUUCUCGCAUCGCUCGCCGUGACGUCGCGGGACGAUAUCGAGAGAUUCUAGAGUCCUUGAAGGAGAAGUGGAUGAACAAGAAAAAGGAGGUGUCAACUGAGAUCCAGUUGCAAGAGGUGGUCGCCAACAUCGAUCUUCUGAACGAGCUUAAGGAUGGGGGCUUAACCGUGGAUGCUGAGCUCGCUCGUUUGAAGGAGAUGGAGAAGGACUGUGAAGGUCUUGUUACUUUGGCUACCGUAUCGGAUUGGUCAAUCUCCAAACUCGAUCUUCCUCAAGUUUCUAAAGAUUCGGUGGAUCAAGCCGAAGGGUCGUCUGUUCCCGAUGGAGCCGAUUCAAGUUAA